GACAAUCACCAUAUAUUACUAAUGAUCCAUGACGACACAAAUAACCCAAUCAAAUCAUUGCAUUCUCUGAACGAGCUUCAACACUGCGAGAACAAGUGAGAAAACAUGGAGCUCAAACCAGGCCUGUCAGCUCUCGUCACAGGCGGUGCUGCUGGAAUUGGGAAAGCUCUCAGUUUGGCUCUUGCAAAGAAAGGCAUAUUUGUCACGAUUGUUGAUUUCUCUGAGGAGAAAGGGAAAGAAGUAGCAUCCCUUGUUGAAAAGGAGAAUGCCAUCUUCCAUUCAGAUUUGCCAUUUAAAUCUGCUUUAUCUAUCAAAUGCGAUGUCACAAAUGCAGGACAACUGUCACAUGCCUUUAAAAAGCAUUUCGAAACAUAUGGGGGACUAGAUAUUUGUGUUAAUAGUGCUGGUGUUUCACUUCCUAUGUCAUUCCAUGAAGAUCAACCUGGUAGUACUAAUCCAUGGAGACACACCAUGAAUGUGAAUCUCAUUUCGGUUAUUGACAGCACUCGCCUCGCGAUACAAACCAUGCGAGCUGCUCAAAAACCUGGUGUUAUCAUAAAUAUGGGUUCCUCCGGAGGUCUUUAUCCAUUGAUUGGUGAUCCUAUCUACUCUGCAUCUAAAGGUGGCGUUGUCAUGUUCACUAGGUCACUUGUUUUACUCAAGCGGCAUGGUAUUCGUGCAAACGUGCUUUGCCCUGAGUUUGUUCAAACAGAUUUAGUAUCAAAAAUGCCUUCUAGUUUCAUUGAGCAAAUGGGUGGAUGGGUGCCAAUGGAAGCAAUUAUUAAAGGUGCUUUUGAACUCAUUAGUGACGAGAGCAAAGCCGGUGCAUGUAUGUGGAUUACAAACCGUAGGGGACUGGAAUAUUGGCCUACCCCUAUGGAAGAAGCAAAAUAUAGAUUGCCUUCUUCUAAAUUUCGAAUACAGUCUUCAGUUAUCUCUCAACUGAAUCUUCAGUUGCCUAAGAGCUUUGAGAAAAUAGUUGUUGAUACACUUAGCCACAAUUUCCGUAGUGCUACCAGUAUAGUGCAAACUCCUGUUCCGCUACCAAUCGAACCUGGGCAUGUUCUUGUCAAAGUCAUUUAUGUUGGUGUUAAUGCUAGUGAUGUUAAUUUUAGCUCAGGUCACUAUUUUAGUGGCAGUAAAACAGACUUGGCUUCGGCUCUUCCCUUUGAUGCCGGCUUUGAGGCUGUGGGGAUAAUCGCUGCUAUUGGAGAAUCAGUCCAUCAUUGGAAAGUUGGGACUCCGGCUGCCCUUAUUGCGUUUGGAGGCUAUGCUGAAUAUAAAAUGGUUCCUGAGGAACACAUUCUUUCUGUGGCAAGACCUGAUCCUGAAAUUGUUGCAAUGCUCACUUGUGGACUAACACCGUCAAUUGCUCUUGAAAAAGCAGCAUAUAUGGAAUCUGGAAAGGUUGUCCUUGUAACUGCAGCUGCAGGAGGGACAGGACAAUUUGCAGUACAGCUUGCAAAAUUAGCGGGAAAUAAAGUUGUUGCAACUUGUGGAGGCAAAGAAAAGGCUGCGUUUUUGACAGAUUUGGGAGUUGAUCGUGUUAUAGAUUAUAAAGCAGAGGAUAUUAAAACGGUUCUAAAAAAUGAGUAUCCUAAAGGUGUUGAUAUCGUGUAUGAAUCAGUAGGCGGUCAGAUGUUUGAUCUGUGUUUAAAUGCAUUGGCCAUUCAUGGAAAGAUGGUCGUUAUAGGAAUGACUUCUCAGUAUCAAGGAGAGCAUGGUUGGAAGCCUUUGAAUUAUACCGGCCUCUGCGAGAAUCUACUAGCCAAGAGUCAAACUUUGGCUGGUUUUUUCCUGAUGCAAUAUAGUCAUCUCUGGCAGCAACAUCUGGACAAACUUUUUCAUCUUUACUCGGUUGGCCAACUUUUGAUUUCUGUAGAUCCAAAAAACUUUGUAGGCUUGAGCUCUGUGGCAGAUGCAGUCGAAUAUCUUCAUUCUGGUAAAAGUGUUGGAAAGGUUGUCGUUUGCAUCGACCCAUCUUUCAGUCAGCAGGUGUCUAAACUCUGAAUGAUAUUCUGAACUAAGAAUAAAUUGCAACUUUAUAAAAUUACCCUUUCCCUCGAAUAAGUUCUUUGCAUGAAAUUCAACAUUCAAAGUGAAGUGAGAUUUCAUUUGAUGUUAAAGAACAGUGUGACUUGGCGCCACAUCAGUACCGAGUCAGCAGUACCUUGCCAAGUCAAUGUCCAGUCAAUAAAGAUUAGAAUUAGAGAUAAUUAUGGUAGUUAGAUGUUUAUCGCUAAAUAAUACCUAUACUUGUAUAAAUAGGUAUAGAAUGAUUACAUGUUACAACUGAAUUCAAUAAAAAAAAAAGUCUCUCUUCCUAUCAAUAAAAUUAAACAGAGGCACAUGAGGUUUAUUAUGCCACUGUUCUUGCUCAUA